GCAGCCGCGGUGGCGGUGGCGGCGCAGAGCCCUGCAGUCAGGGUCAGGACUCUGGGACUGGUGGAGGCGCUCCGAGUCCUGGCUCUGCAGCUGCGCCAACACAGCUCCGCGGGGACUAGGCGUGCAAAGUGACAUUCCUCCUUUCUCUUUUGCUCCCUUGAGUCCUUCUGAGAUGACGGCUCUGGGCACAGCGGGUGCUGCCCGGGUCUUGGCCGCCCUGGUGGCUGCGGCUCUUUGCGGUCACCCUCUGCUGGGAGUGAGCGCCACCUUGAACUUCGUUCUCAACUCCAACGCCAUCAAGAACACCCCGCAGAUGAGCGGCGCUGCCGGGCACCCAGGCUCCGCAGUCAGCGCGGCUCCCGGGAUUCCGUUUGAGGGAGUCAACAAGUACCACGACAAACACCAGCCAUACCCGUGCGCUGAGGACGCGGAGUGCAGCGCGGACGAGUACUGCGCCAGUCCCACCCGCGGGGCCGGCGCGCAGAUCUGCCAAGCCUGCCGGAAGCUGCGGAAACGCUGCCUGCGCCACGCUAUGUGCUGCCCUGGGAAUCACUGCAAAAACGGGAUAUGCAUGCCUUCUGAUCAAAAUCAUUUCCAUCGAGGGGAAAUCGAGGAAACCAUUAUUGAAAGCUUUGGUAAUGAACACAGUACUUUGGAUGGGUACUCGAGAAGAACUACACUGUCUUCAAGAACGUAUCAUACCAAAGCACAAGAAGGUACUGUCUGUCUUCGCUCAUCAGACUGUGCUGCAGGGUUGUGUUGUGCUAGACAUUUCUGGUCCAAGAUCUGUAAACCUGUUCUCAAGGAAGGUCAAGUGUGCACCAAGCACAGGAGAAAAGGCUCCCAUGGGCUGGAGAUAUUCCAGCGUUGUUACUGUGGAGAAGGUCUGUCUUGCCGGAUGCAGAAAGAUCACCAUCAAGCCAGCAAUUCUUCCAGGCUUCACACCUGUCAGAGACACUAAGCCAGCUGUCCGAACACAGUGGACUCUGUUUACAUAAUAUAUGUUGUGAAAACCGUUUGUGACUUUUGUGAGCUCAGUCCUUAAGGAUGUACAAAUUCUGUGGUUACAGUUAAGCAUUCCAAUAAUACCUUCUGAAAAUCUGGGGUGUAAGAGCUUUGUUUCUUUGUGGAACUCUCCUGUCAUUGAUUGCAGUAAAUUACUGUGUUGUAAAUUUUCAGUGUGGCACUUACCUGUAAAUGCAAAAAAUCUUUUAAUUAUUUUUCUAAAGGUGCUACGUUGUCUAUUGUUCCUCUUGUCAUGUAAAUUUUUGUACACAUUGAUUGUUAUCUUGACUGAUAAAUACUCUAUAUUGAAUUGAAAUAAAUACUUUCAGCUUAUUC